UUCAUGAACUGGACCUAGAGCGAUACAAGAAGUACGGAAGAGUUUAUGGCAUGUUCGAAAGUGGAAAGCCGUCACUGUUCGUGGCAGAGCCCGAGCUUCUCAAGCAAAUUCUGCUAAAGGAUUUCCUUGUCCUUCCCAACCGACGUACCGUCAAUUUUUUCGAACCGUUGUUCGACUACAUGCUCAGUGUGAUUCCCUACCCUCGAUGGAAAACAAUACGGAAGUACUAUUCGCCAGUGUUCACAUCUGGGAAAUUCGCAAGAUGGAGCAUCAAAUCGAAGCCUGCACCAAGUCUACGAUGAGCCAUCUUCAGAAAGCGGCUGAAGAAGAACGCGAUGUUGAACUGGGACAUUUCUUUGGCAACUUCUCCUUGGACUUGAUUGCCCGGUACGCUUUUGGAACUUGUCUCGAUUCCCAUUCUGAUAAGACCAACGAUUUCGUGACCUACGCGAAGAAGGUGUUCGGCACGGACUUCUCGGUGUCGCUCAUCGUGUACUUUCUGCUACCAGGAGUGGCAAAGUUCUUCAGAAUGAAGCUGUACAACCCAGCUACUCUUGGGUACUUUAGGAGUCUAUGCCAGCGUGUGAUCAAGGGCCGUCUGGAUUCAAAAAUUAGGCAAGAUGAUUUUCUGCAGCAAAUGAUCGACUCUCAGCAGGGAAAGUGGGUGGGAGACUCUUCAAAAGAAACAACGGAUGCGGAAGAAAAAAUAUUCGACGUGGAUUCCAAGUUGGUAGACUCAGAGGAAGUCCCAUCAAAUGCACUGAGUGAAGAUGAGGCCAUGGCUCAGUGCUUCAUGUUUUUAGUUGCUGGACAACAAACGACAUCAUCCGUGGUUGCCUUCACGCUUUACAUGCUAGCGUUGAACCCCGAAGUUCAGGAGAAGCUUCGAGAAGAGGUCGAUCUGUGCGUUGCAAAGGGUGAGCACCCGGCUAUGGAAGUAGUGGCGAAGCUGGAGUACUUACACGGAGUAAUAUCUGAGAUACUGAGGAUGUUCCCGCCAGCGUCCAGACUAGAGCGGGAAACGACCAAGGACUAUGCGCUCGGUGAUACUGGUAUUCGGGUUCCAAAAGGUUGCAUCGUUGCAGUUCCGUUGUAUGCGAUGCACCAUGACCCCGAGUACUUCCCCGAUCCCCAUGAAUUUCGCCCAGAAAGGUUCAUCGGAGAGAACGCCACAAACAUACGGCCAUACACGUACCUCCCGUUUGGAGCUGGCCCUAGAAAUUGCGUGGGAAUGCGACUGGGCCUCCAGGCCUCCAAGAUGGCUGUCUUCCAUUCAGUCCGCAUCGCACGAUUUGUUCGCACUGACAAAACAAAGGUUCCUUUGGAUUUCUUUAAAGGAUACGGCGUCAUAUCUUCUUCAGACAUUACCGUUGGAGUCCGCAAGCGUGCUGCUACAAACAAAUAAAACAUCCAUAAUUAUUUUCAGGGUACAUAGGUGCCAGCGCUGUUGCUCAUAUACUUGUAAUAUCGCUGCUCGUUAACCUAUGAAUGUUAUGUCACGCUUUUACAGUAAAUAUAAGAGCAUUGCUCUGAGAGGAAAUGCACUUCA